CUUAUUAGUUUAUAGGACUGCUGCUUCUCUCUCGUCUUCCUUUACACCGUCAAAACCAUGUUUCUAAGUCAGUGCCGGAAAUGUAAACCUUUGCUCGAGUCUCGUCUACCUUUGCUCCGCCUCUCUCUCUCUAAAUGUCUCGAUCAGUCCUUCAAAACCACGGCUAGUAGCGAAUACGGUAGUAAGAUCCCUGAUGCUCUUCUGGGACAUCGAGGACUAGAAGAUCAUAAGGCAAGCGUCUUCUGGGACAUGGAGGACUACAAGAUCCCUGAUGGUCUCAGUGCUGGUGAGGUUUCGAAGAACAUCAAAACGGCUUUUGCGGAAAUGGGAUAUCCUGGUACGGUCUCAAUCAAGGCUUAUGCUGAUGCGACGAAUCGGAGGAUCCAGGAUAAUGAGUUUCACUCCGCCGGAAUCGAGCUCAAGCGCGUACCAGAAGGCUCGAAAGGAAAGGAUCAUUCGAGAGAUAUAGCUGUUUUAACUGGCAUGGCGGUGUGGAUUGCUGCCAAUCGUGAAGUAUCAUCAUCGAUGAUGGUAAUCUCAGAUAGCAUCUAUGAUUUUGCUGUAGACCAGUAUAAGAAGAUGAAUCAUUAUGUUCUUUGGAAAAAACUAUCAGCUAAGGGCAAGCCUAUCGCCCAGACCAGAAGAUACUCUAAACGUUGAGACCAUAUAUACUUGGUUCUCUCCAUGCUAAUGUCCUUUUGUUCUCUGUCUAAAGGCUUUAUGUGUCUCUGUGUAAUGAAAACAUCCACGUUUC